UCCACGCCAACUCUGGACUGUAAGAUUCUUUUAGCUUUGUUAUCACAUUCUCAGGGUUUGUUAUUAGGUAUUAUUCUAUUAUUUUCACGAAGUUGUUAAAUUAGCACUUUAUAGAAAUGUUGAAGAGUUCAUAUACAACAAGAUGACGGAGUAAGGCGAGAUUCUGUGAAGAAAGCCGCUGAAUUAUACAGUGGGAAGAUGGCGGAAUCUGUAAAAGUUAUUGUUCGGUGUCGCCCUCUCAAUGGAAGAGAAGCUUCUCUGAAAUGCAAGUGUAUUGUGGAAUUGUCAGAGGAGAGAGGACAAUGUAAUAUUAGAAAACCUGGUAGUAGCUCAGAUCAACCACCAAAACAAUUUACAUUUGAUGGAGCAUAUUUUACGGAAUCAACCACAGAGCAAAUUUACAAUGACAUUGCAUACCCUCUGGUUGAGGGUGUUGUAGAAGGAUACAAUGGAACAGUGUUUGCCUAUGGUCAAACUGGAUGUGGAAAAUCAUACAGUAUGCAGGGUGUUGAUGAUCCACCUACUCAAAGAGGAAUUAUUCCACGGGCAUUUCAGCAUAUCUUUGAAAGCAUAGAAGUGGCUGAAAAUACCAAAUAUCUUGUUCAUGCAUCUUAUCUUGAAAUAUAUAAUGAAGAUAUCAGAGAUUUAUUAAGUAAUAAUAUCAAACAAAAACUUGAGUUAAAAGAGCAUCCUGAUCGAGGAGUAUAUGUAAAAGAAUUAUCAAUGCAUCCAGUAAGCAAUGUAUCAGAAUGUGAAACCAUAAUGGCAUCAGGUUGGAGGAAUAGAUCUGUAGGUGCAACAUUAAUGAAUGCAGACUCAUCAAGAUCUCAUUCUAUUUUCUCAAUUUAUUUGGAAGCGUGUGAUACAGGAAUCGAUGGUGGUGAUCACAUUCGUGCUGGAAAAUUAAACUUAGUUGAUCUUGCUGGAAGUGAAAGACAAUCGAAAACAGGAGCAACUGGUGAAAGACUGCGUGAAGCAACCAAAAUCAAUUUAUCACUUUCGGCCCUUGGAAAUGUGAUAUCUGCUUUGGUCGAUGGAAAAUCAAAACACAUUCCAUAUCGUGAUUCAAAGCUGACUAGAUUGUUACAAGAUUCACUCGGAGGAAAUACGAAAACUUUGAUGGUCGCUUGUCUCUCUCCAGCUGACAAUAAUUAUGAAGAAACUUUAAGUACAUUGCGUUAUGCAAAUCGUGCCAAAAAUAUCAAAAACAAGCCAAGAAUAAAUGAAGAUCCUAAAGAUGCUCUUCUCCGAGAAUAUCAAGAAGAAAUCAAAAAAUUACGGGGAUUGCUGGCUGGACAACUUGGCCCAGAAGGAAUAAAAGCUUUAUUGGAGGGUCAGUCGCCGCCUCCUCGGCCAAAAUCUGUUUUCAAAGAUGUUCAAGACGAUGAUGAAACUCAAGCAACAAGCACUUCUGAUGACUCUGAAAACAUCAGAAUGGAAUUUGAAGCCAGAUUAAAUGAAUUGAAAGGGAAAUAUGAAGCAGAGCAAAUGAGUAAUGCAAAAUUACAAGAGGAUAUGAAUAAAUUGAAAAGUCAAUAUAAUCAACAAAUGGAGCAAAUGAAUAAAAUGUCUUCGACCUCUUCUUCACAUCAAUCUGACCCAAACCAGGAAAGGUUUGUAUCGUCUUGUUCUGAAGUCGAACCAUAUUCUGGAGUCGAAUCAGAUACAUCUCGUUGUGGGUCAUCCUUUUCCGAAACAGAGGAUGAAUCAGGGAAUCCUGAAAACGCUGUUCAGGAAUCUCCUGAUGCCGAUCUUCUAGUUUACAGACAAUCUGCUAAUUUUAUGUUGAAACUUUCUGAAAUGAUUUACAAUCAUGCUCUCGAACUUUCAGUCAAGAGAUCUAUCGAUACAUUUCCUAAUGAACCAUUGGAAGCAGUUGCGCAUGCUCUUGCGGCAUCUCAUGGUUCAUCGACUUUAUCAUCAACAGAUACUGGUUUUACAGAAUCAUCAUUUGAUGCAACUGAAAGUAGUUCUGCAGCAAGUAGCCAACAGAAAGCACAAGUCGCUCGGUAUAUCGGAACAGUUGAUAAUGCUACUUCAUCACAACAACAACAACAAAAUUUUUCAUCAGAAGAUCAGAAAGAAGAAGUUAUCAUGGAGCAGCAGAAAGAAGCAUUGAAAAGGCUUCAAAUGCUUCAACAGAACAUGGUUGGAGGUGAGAAAGCGAAUGAUGAAGACGCAAAAGAAAAGCGUAGAAGAAGGAAAAAACAUGUUGAUGAAAGAAGAUUUUUGCUAGCAAAAGCUGCUCGAGAGGAUGAUGAAAUUAUAAUGUUAAAUGUGUAUGACAGCAUUCAUGAUGAAGUGAAAGCCAGAGAUAAAAUAAUCUCAAUAAAAAAUAGAGAGUUGGAAGCUGCUAAGAUGGAAGUUGAAGAUGUCAGUUAUGAAUUUGAACGUGACAGAGAAGAAUAUCUUUCAACUAUUAGAAAACAAGAAAGAGAAAUAUCGUUUUUACAGGGAUUAAUAAGUAAAAUACAUCCUACACUACGACGUGAUUGUAAUUACAAUAAUAUUGAUCGAGUUCGUAAUGAAUCAACAUGGAACGAUGAUCAACAAACGUGGGAAUUGCCUGAUCUUGUUGUUGUUAAAACAUCACUGCCAGCUGCAGGAUCACGUACACUAGCUAGAGGUCUAUCUCAACAAACAACUUCUGUUGAAUCAUAUACUAGUAGAAAUGAUGAAGCAGAAGAUGAUCGAUUCUAUAGUAAAUUAAGCAACAGUAGCAGCGAAGAAUUUGCGAAUAAAUAUUUUAUGCCUAAGAGACACGUUCAUCAAAUUGUUUCGUCAUCACAUACAGAUCAGCCAUCUAAAGGUGGACUUCACAUGCUUGGAAUGCAUAGCACUUCAUCACCUUUGCUUACAAAUGGACUGGCAAAUGGAGACCGAAAUUCUCCGAGCCAACACAAUCCUGCAUCGACUAGUUCAUUAGCACAAAUGUCAUUAAACGGGAAUAAUUCAAACUUAGAUUUUGCCUUAACAAGAAGACCACACAGACUCGAUUCUCUCAACCCAAUCGGCACAAAUACAAAGAAAAAAAAGAAGAAAAAACAUGGAGAUUUAUCUUGAAGUUUUCUUUUUAUCAUAUUUGAUGACUUUUGUACAUCAUUCUUCUUUAUUUCUCUACUUAAAUUCAACCACUUGAAUUCUACCGAGUCUAAAUAAUGGAUAAUUUCAUAAUGUCAAAACUAUUAUAUGAUUUCAGAUAUGUAUACAAUAUCCCUCCCUCUCUUUCCAACCAGUCAAGAAUAGAAUAUUCAAAAUACCAAACAAAAAGUCUUUUUAUGUAUACAGGGUGACCCAAAAAACAGAACCCUUAAACUUUUUGAUUAUUUAUACGAAAAUGAAAAAAAAUUUAUUCAACUCUCCCGUUUGUGUAUGAUUGCAUUGUACCCAAAACUUAAAGCAAUCUAGGAUGCUUCGCAAAAGUUAUUUCUGUUUUUUUGGGGUCACUUUGUAUAUAUAAAAUUUUUAUCUUUUUGGCUCUUUUAUUCAUCUUCAUGUUAAAACUUAUUCCAUGCAACAUGCUUCGAGACAACUAAUGCGGCUUUUCAUGUAUAUUUGCUUGAUAUAAGCGUCAGAUACCAUCGCAUAAGGACAGUAAAAUACUGUUCUGAAUACCUAAGGUAGUAGUUUGAAUUAUGUACAAAAUAUUAAAUUGUGAUUUUUGAUGGUUGUUGUAACAAUUUUAAAUGCCUCUUGUGCCUGAAGUAUUGUUGUGAACUGAUAAAAGUAUGUUAUGAAAAUAUUUCAUAUUAACAUCUUGUUUGUUGCUCUAGCAUGAGUACCUUAUCACGAUUUUCGUGUUUAUUUUCAAUAGCUUAUCGACAUUAGUGAUCUUCUUUUUAAAAUACUUCUAUGCUUCACUUUUUGAUUUGAAAAUUGUAUUGUAUGACCGUUUUUCAAUAAUUCUAAACAAAUUUGUAAGUUUUUAAAGACUGACGAUUUAUUUCACUUUCGAUUAUCACAUAUUGAUCUAUGAACUUACAUAAUUUAAUACACAGACUAAACACAUUGUCACUUGUAUCUAAUUCAUGUGCACAUAACACAUUAAACCAGAUUGAGUCUCUGAAAAUUCUUCUAUUCUAUUCCUUCUAUUUUCUCUUCCUAUUUCUCUAUGUGAUCACUAAAAACUAAUAUUCUUUUGGAUUUUUACUGGUUUGUUACUUGAAUUAAUUUUUUGGCGCUACAGAAGUGUGUGUAGUAAUAUGGAGGAUAUUAAUUUUGUUUGCCUACUCUACAUCAAGUUGUGUGAAGGGACUGAAACCUAGGGGCAGGGGGUAUAUUCACUUGGCUAACACAGACAGUCCUCGAACAUGUGAUAGAACUAAAAUAGGGAGA